AUGGAUUCAAGCACAGAAAGACAGUGUCAACAACUGGAAAACUAUGUUGGAGGAGAUAAGAGAAUGGCCGAGAUAACUGGAUCGAGAGCUCAUCACAGAUUCAGUGGAGCACAGAUUAUGAAGAUUGUCAAUGAGGAAAAAGAUGUUUGGAUGGAGACGGAGCGAGUUUCCUUGAUCUCCUCAUUCUUCGCUUCUCUCCUUAUUGGAAAGUAUGCUCCAAUUGAUCUCACAGAUGGAAGUGGAAUGAAUUUGAUGAAUAUUGAGACUGAAAAAUGGGAACAAUCUCUACUUGAUUUCAUCUUUCCAGGACUUGAGAAUAAACUGGGAGAACUCGUUUCUCCAAUGACUUCUAUUGAUACUGUACACUCGUACUGGACACACCGGUUUGGGAUUCCGAAGGACUGCAUGAUUCUACCAUUUCUAGGGGACAAUCCAUCUUCUCUCGCCGGUCUCUCCUUACUCCCAACGGAUAUUGGUAUCUCUCUGGGUACAAGUGAUACCGUGUUUUUCUUUUCGCCAACUUUCAAACCGAAUACUGAUGCUCACGUUUUCUCUCAUUUCGCUCCAAAUAGUGGAUACAUGGCAAUGAUUUGUUUCAAAAAUGGGUCACUUACUAGAGAAAGAGCACGAAAAAUGAAUGGAAGUUCGUGGGAGAAAUGGAAUGAAAUAAUGGAAAAGACACCAGUUGGAAAUGAUGGAUUCAUUGGAUUCUUCUUCGAUGAAGACGAAAUUGUUCCGAGAAAAUUAAAAGGAGAUUAUACUUUCGAAAUGGAUGAGAAAGAGUUGAAGGAAAAGAGUCCAGAGAAAUUCGCCCGAGCAGUUUUCGAAAGUCAAUGCUUUUUCAAACACCUUUACACCCAGAAAAUGGGAUUCAAAAAGUCGCAAUCAUCCAGAAUUCUAGUUACGGGCGGUGCAUCACGUAACACCGUACUCCUUCAGAUGUUAUCCGAUGUCUUUGAAAUGUCAGUUUAUACCAUUGAAGUUGAUGGAUCAGCGGCUCUGGGUGGAGCAAUGAGAGCUAGAUACUUGCACUCGAAAACACCGCUCAAGUAUUCCGAAUACUAUCCAUGUGACAAUGUCUCAUUAGCUUGCAAUCCUAUCCCUGAAAACGUUCAAACCUACCGUACACUCUUCUCGACAACAUUCAAAAAUCGUUUUGAUGCAUUCAUCACAGAAUAA